AUGUCUGUCGCAUUUUCAGCAUCAGCAGUGAUACCAACACCAACACCAGCUCCAGCUCCAGCUCCAGCACCCAGCUGGUCCCUCCUUCUUCGUGCAAAGGCAUUACGUCAAGCUGCAUCUGUAUCAUUGGGUAUACAACAUUAUACAACCCCCAUAGCACCUUCUCCAUCUCUGACCGAAUACAUCGAUUCCGCUAUCGGCUCAUCUCCAGCGACCAAAUGCAUCAGACUUGACAUAUAUCAUCCACCCAACACCCCGACUGAGAAUGACAAUGAAAUUCAGAAGAGACCUGGAUUGAUAGUUUUCCAUGGAGGUGGAUUCGUCAUUGGACAAGGAACAGAUGAUUCAAGAUUUGCUCAAGCCGCUAUGGAUAUAUUAGGAUGCACAGUAUUCGCAGUAUCAUAUAGAUUAGCGCCUGAACAUCCAUUUCCUAUCCCUGUUGAAGACUGCUUGUCAUCCAUCAUACACAUAAUCCAAUUUGAAAACGCGAGGAAAUACGGUAUUGACAAUGAAAAGAUUUUAUUGAGUGGGUUUUCAGCAGGUGGUAAUUUAUCUUUUUCAGCUUUAAAUAUCCUUAAUUCACCCAAUGAUUGUGAUCAAUAUCAAUAUAAUAUACCGAAUAACCUACCAAAGAUCAAAGGGAUUAUUCUAUUUUACCCAUUACUGAACUAUUCAAUAAGGAGAGAAGAUAAACUGAAAACUAUAUCAAAACCUGAAUAUGGAUUACCCACUUCUUUAACCACAUUAUUCGAUUCUUCGUAUCUACCAAACGCCAUCGAGAGAGGAAUAGACAGAAAGGAAAUUAGAAUAUCACCUGGAUUAGCAUCGGAUAUACUGAUAAAGGAACUACCUCCUGUUUUUAUCACUUUGUGCGAAUAUGAUAUGUUGAGACAAGAAGGAAUAGAUUUCAUACAUCGUCUAGAAGGUUUAGGUAAAGAUGUUAAGUGGAGUGAGGUGAAAGGUGAGAAGCACGGUUGGGAUAAACAACCCUCUAUGUGGAUUAAACCAAGUAUCAUGGAAGAAUAUACCAAAGCUUUAAAUGCCGCUAAAGAGUGGUUAGACGGGGAGCUGUAA